ACAGACAUAGAAGCACCAAUUUGAGAAGAAAGCGGGACGACGAAUGAGAGUUUACGCGUCCAUGGAAACACCUUCUUCUAUGCUCCCUCAUCUUCUGCUCCUCCUUGUUUUCUCAGGUGGAUUGGCCUCCAAUUCGGUGGUGCAAAGCGGCGCUGACGCAGCGAGAAUCCCUGAACAUAGUUGCCAUGAGCUGCUUCACUUGAGCAAUUGUGACAAUCAGAAAUGCUCUCUAGAGUGCUCUAAACAUCCCAACGGCGUCGGACAAUGCAAGGUCACCACCUGCUUUUGCACCUACUUUUGCAAAGAUCCCCCUCUCUAAUCCUGCUCUCUUCUUCCAAUCUGGCUUGCUCGCUCUUCUUUUUACAACUGAUAUAGCUCAUGGAACUGUAAGAAAUGAACCGUAUGAAAACUGAAAAGAGCUGGAUUGAACCUGCUUUUAUAUGUCGAUGUAAUGUUAGCUAAAUAUUAAUAAAGGUACUACUAUUUUCACAA